AUGGGGCUUCUGGGCGUCCACCGUUUGCCCAGCAGCCUGCGUGUGCCGCAGGAGCGAUACUCUCCUCUCCCAGUACUCUCCCAGUACUCUCCUCUCCCAGUACUCUCCCAGUACUCUCCUCUCCCAGUACUCUCCUCUCCCAUACUCUCCCAGUACUCUCACAGUACUCUCCCAGUACUCUCCCAGUACUCUCCUCUCCCAGUACUCUCCCAGUACUCUCCUCUCCCAGUACUCUCCUCUCCCACUCCCCACCCCCGCAUCCGUAACUCCCCACCUCCCGCAUCCACAACUCACCCACCCCCCCAUCCACAACUCCCCACCCCCCGCAUCCCACAACUCCCCACACCCCGCAUCCACAAACUCCCCACCCCCCCAUCCACAACUCCCACCCCCCCCCCCGCAUACCACAACUCCCCACCCACCCGCAUCCACAACUCCCCAUCGCCCCCCAUCCACAACUCCCCACCCCCGCAUCCACAACUCCCCACCCCCGCAUCCCACAAAACCCCCCCCCCGCAUCCACAGCUCCCCACCCCCGCAUCCACAGCUCCCCACCCCCGCAUCCACAGCUCCCCACCCCCGCAUCCAACAACUCCCCACCCCCGCAUCCACAAACUCCCCACCCCCGCAUCCACAGCUCCCCACCCCCCCCAUCCACUAACUCCCCCCCCCCGCAUCCACAACUCCCCACCACCCGCAUCCACAACUCCCCACCCCCGCAUCCACAACUCCCCACCCCCGCAUGUCGCUCCCCACCCCCGCAUCCACAACUCCCCACCCCCGCAUCCACAGCUCCCCACCCCCGCAUCCACAGCUCCCCACCCCCGCAUCCACAACUCCCCACCCCCACAUCCACAGCUCCCCACCCCCGCAUGGUCUUAUAUCACUGGCUGA